CAAUAGCAGCAACAUAGUGAGCGAGGUCAGGGGAGAAGAUGUUUGGAUUUGAAAACAUGAAGAUUUCCAGCAGUGCUGCAACCAACCCGGUCAUCAAUCUCGAUCAAGGAGAUCCGACGGCAUUCCAAGAGUAUUGGAUGAGUACGAAGAUGAAGGAGAGGUGUGUUGUGGUGAUACCAGGAUGGGACCUGAUGAGCUACUUUAGCGAUAAGACGAACGUGUGUUGGUUCCUGCGGCAAGAUCUUGCUGAGGCGAUCAAGGCGUUGCACCGUGCGAUCGGCAACGCAGCGACUGAAGAACGCUACAUCGUGGUGGGUAAUGGCUCUACACAGCUUUGUCAAGCCGCUUUGUUCGCACUUUCUUCUCUCUCUGAGGACAAGCCUCUCAGCAUUGUCGCUGCGGUUCCUUACUACUCCACAUACGAGGAGGAGGCAUCGUAUGUUCAGUCGCAGCUGUACAAGUGGGAAGGAGACGCAAGAACGUUCAACAAACCCGGACCAUACAUCGAGAUGGUGACAUCACCGAACAAUCCUGAUGGGACCAUCAGAGAGCCGGUGGUGAACCGUGGUGGGAAAGUGAUAUACGACUUUGCGUAUUACUGGCCACACUACACUCCUAUCACUCACCGUCAAGACCAAGACAUUAUGCUCUUCACCUUCUCUAAGAUCGCCGGUCACGCUGGGUCCCGCAUCGGGUGGGCCUUAGUGAAGGACAUAGAGGUGGCUAAAAAGAUGGUGCAAUACCUAACAAUCAACUCAAUUGGUGUGUCUAAGGAGUCGCAGAUUCGAGCCACCGCAAUCCUCAAUGAACUCACCAAAAGUUGUCGCAUCAAAUCGGAGAGUUUCUUCAAGUAUGGUAACGAGAAGGUGAAGUCACGGUGGGAGAGUCUACGCUGGGUCGUAGAUAAGACCGGUGACAAAUUCACUCUACCUGAUUACCCUCUAGCCUUUUGCAACUUCUUUGGCAAAAGCAGCUCCACUUAUCCUGCGUUUGCAUGGCUGGGGUGUAACAAAGAUAAGGAUCUCAAAAUUCUCUUGAAGGAAAAAUAUGUUUUAAAAAGAGGAGGAGAGAGAUGUGGCAGUGAUAAGAAGUACGUACGCGUCGACAUGCUUGGACCCAACAAAGACUUUCAAGACUUUCUCAACAGGCUUCUCACCAUCAAGUAUCCUAGAUGCUUUCUUUGAGCCUUAGAUUAUUGUUUUUUUUUCUUUCCAUAUGACAUUUCCAAUCAUGGUUGUUCUUUUCGAAAUGUUGAGCACAAUGGUAUUCUGAUGUUUUCCUUUCUUCUGAAUUUAUCUUAUAAUAAUAAUUUAAAAGAUUUACUAUCA